AUGAGAAAGUCACUUGAUCCGGGAUUGCGACUGGCCAUCACCCUGCGAUACCUUGCCACUGGGGACUCUUACAAGAGUCUGGAAUACGGAUUCCGGGUGGCAAAUAACUCAAUAUCUAAACUGGUGCCGGAAACAUGCGAGGCUAUUUUCGCUGAGUACGUGGGGGAGUACAUGAAGUGCCCAAGUACUCCAGAAGAAUGGAAACUGGUUAGCCAGGCCUAUUCCAAACGAUGGAACUUCGAAAACACAAUAGGAGCACUAGAUGGUAAACACAUCGCCAUCAAAUGUCCUCGAAAUGGCGGUUCCAAGUAUUACAAUUAUAAGGGAUUCCAUUCCAUUAUAUUAAUGGCAUUAGUUGACGCAGACUCAAGGUUUCUUUAUGUAGACAUUGGCGCCAAUGGCCGGUGUUCAGAUGGCGGAGUUUUCCAAGACUGUACUUUGCGUGAUGCAUUGGAGAAGGGCAAAUUGGGGCUACCAGAGCCAGCACCGCUACCAAACGAUGAUCAGCCUGUGCCGUACAGCAUAGUAGCCGAUGACACAUUUCCAAUGCGUUCCUGGCUGAUGAAGCCGUACCCACAUCGACAGAUGACUAGGCAACAGCGAAUAUUUAACUAUAGAUUGUCCCGUGCUCGCCGGGUUGUAGAGAAUGCCUUUGGCAUUUUGGCACACAG